AAAUCAUGGCACCCAAAAACAAAGGCAAAGGCAAAGCAAAAGACAGCUCAGAAAGCGGCGAUGCUGGCGGCAAGGGUAAAGGCCUCAAGCCCGCCAACUCCAUCAACGUCCGCCACAUUCUUUGCGAAAAACACUCUAAGAAAGAAGAAGCUCUCGCAAAGCUGAGAGCGGGCGCCAAGUUCGACGAAGUCGCGAGAGAAUUCUCUGAAGACAAAGCUCGACAAGGCGGAUCUCUAGGCUGGAAGAUCAGAGGCAGUCUCGACGCCGCGUUUGAGAAGGCCGCAUAUGAGCUGGAGCCCAGCACGACAGCUAGUCCCAAAUAUGCAGAGGUGAAAACGGGCUUUGGCUAUCACAUUAUCAUGGUAGAAGGCAGGAAGUGAAUGAAUAUUUUCGUUAUCAACCGUGCUAGAGAUGGUCUAGUAGAAAUCUCGAGAAUGCAGCGUGCUAGUUCGGACGUAAUAACACAUAAAAGAUUUCAGAAAUAUCUGUCUAGGUCGAUGUAUAUAUACACAAUUCUUUUCUAUUGUUUCCAGCG